AUGUUGUUCCUCUUACUUGUUGGCCUCUGCUUUGUGACAACAGUUUAUUAUUAUUGGUCAUCCUCACACUUGGCAAACAGCCCGUCUGAGAACUUCAGUUCGGUUGACGAACCUGCACAGUUGGCCGAAAUCGACGGCGGGACUUGGGAGCAAUUGUCAGUUUUCGAGCACGUCGAGCGAGGCUUGAAUAAAAGCCCAGAUAGGCCAGCGAUCAUCUGUUUGUUUCAACAGUCAGCGGGUCUGGAGGAAAUGCUCGCCGCAUGUAUCCCGGAAAACACGUUAUACAUGAAUAAAGGCACGUCAGCUGCUAGAGCUACCCGAACGGAAGACGCUUCUACCUUUACACUCAGUUACACACAACUGCAUCAGACUGCAUUAAGACUCGCAACCGGACUUAUUUGCGAUGGAGCCCGACCCAACACGACGAUGCUUAUGCUAAUCCCCAAUGGCGGCGAAUAUGCCAUCCUGCUCUGGGCUUGCAUCCUACUGCGCAUUACAUACGUGAAUAUAGACCCGGUUUGCCUGGAAGAUCCUGAUGACAAAGCACUCAAGUACACACUACAAACGACAAAGCCACAGGUUGUAAUAGUCCCCGACACUCUUAGUGGCAAGGCCAUCGACGCAGUCUUGGUGGAACUAGAGUUACCUGAGCCUAUCCGUGUGUGUCUCGUUCAAUCCGUCUCGACUAUUGCCAACCACAAAUGGAGAUCUCUCGCCGAUAUAGUUUCCCUCUCGAAACUCCGUUCUCACGUAAGCAACGCAAACCUUGUUUCGACGGCACGACGCGACAGGAACCCCAAGCGUAUAAAUUCAAUAAUGUUUACUUCUGGCACGUCGGGCAUUCCCAAAGGUUGUCCUCAGUCUGUAUCCGCCAUCUCUCAUGCCCUUCAUUCACAGGAAUGGCUUAUCGAUUCGGACUCCGGAACAGCGCAUCUUGCUAUCAUGCAACCACACAACUCGCGGGGUAUUGCACCAGCGCAGACACUCCAAACUUGGCGGGCCGGUGGUGCAGUGGUUCUAACAGGCCAAAGCUUCAGUGUAGGCGAUGCUAUCAAGGCCAUCAAGCAGGUUCGAGCGACCUUCCUUGUCCUGACACCGCCAAUGGUACAUGGAUUUUCUAUUGAGUUGGCCACACGACCUCUCGAUGUCUCCUGCGUCAAAAGAGUCCAAGUUGGUGGUGAUGCUGUAACCAAGGAGGUGCUGAUUAAAUGUGCCGCGCUUUUUUCACAAGCACAAGUAUGCGUUAAUCAAGGAAUGACCGAAGGCCCGGGUGUGUUCACAUGGCCGUUCCUCAAGACCGCCCCAGGUAUGAUCCCUUUCCUGGGUGGCCAAGUCUGUCCCGUAGGAAUCGUUGCCCCUGGUGCUAGAGUACGCAUUUGUUCCAUUACGAGUCACGACAUCAAAACUCAAGCAAGACGCGUGGUGAAGAGGGGCCAGCUCGGAGAGUUGCACAUAUCAUGUCCGAGCAUCAUCAGACAUUACUUAGGGGGCAGAUCUGAGGAGUCAUUCUAUGAUGAUGAGAAAGGCAGGUGGUUUAACACGGGAGAUAUGGCCAUCAUUGAUGGCCAAGGAUUAGUAUUUAUUGUGGGGAGACGAAAGGAUAUGAUCCAGCGCGCAGGUGUGACCAUUGCGCCUGCUGUUAUCGAAAGCUGCAUUGCCGCCUUCACUCAGACCCAAGCAGUCGUAGUAGCAGCUCCCCACAGUGUCCUUGGCGCCGAACCAUUCGCAAUUGUCAACUCUUUCGAAUAUAGGACCAAAGAGAAGAUUAAACACUACGUCCAGACCGUAUUAGGCAAGAACUAUGCGCUUGGGGAUAUCGUAACACUUGAACAGCUCGGCCUUGUGGAGUUCCCUGUCAACGCGACGCACAAGAUUAUCAAGUCUGAGCUGCAGAAUGCUGUGGUGAAACACCUCCAAAGAACUACAAGCACGCAAAUACCGGCAUAGAAUGAGGAGCAGUC